AUGUAUGAGCCACUCUAUCUCGCCUUCGACGCCUACCCGACCGUCAUCCCGCGAGUGAGAGUGCGAGGGGUCAUGGCUCUUUUCCUGGCGGUCUCAAUCCUAUGGGCCUUGAUCUGGCUUCUAUAUCGUGCAUGGCAGGUCUGUCAGACCCCCAAUGAUGUUCUCGUGGAGAAGUUGGGUCUCGACAUUCCACCACCACCUGAGGUGACCCUCGAAGAGAUCACAGCUCGUGAGAUCCGCCUGGCUUGGAAGCAGCCAGACUUCCACAAUUCCAUACAUAAGCAUAUAAUUCAAGUGAAUAAUGUGAAAGUUGGCGAAUCAAAACGUGCAGAAACCGCAGUCGAAAUUUUGAACCUUGUACCAGGAAGCAUUUACCAUAUUUGCGUUCUUUCCGUCAGCGCAGCAAACUUCCAGACACCCAGCGCGAUCCUCCAUGUUCGAACAAAAUCUCUUUCGCUAUCCCGAGCCCAACAAGAUGCUAUCACUGGUGGCCCAACGAUUCGAGCAUCCAUUCCCAGAUCUACUGCUGGCUUGCCAACUCCAUCUGCACCUGUCAUGUCGCGCGAACACAGCGCCGGUCAGAUGCCAGGCAAACGACCUUCGGCGGGACGCAAACUGUCUCCUGCCACAGGGAAUAUGGAUUUUGCGCAUGGUCAUUCUGACGAAUCGCACAAAGGCCCAAAGAGUGAUCGGGAUGGGACGUUAGAGCAAUUGGCGGAUCGUUUAAAAAACUUGCAACAAGAAAAUGACAGUAUGGAAAAGCAAGGCGUGGAGGAAGAAGAUGAACAUAUUGCGCUACUCAAGGAUCUCGAGAAACAGCGCGAUGAACUCAAAAAGCGCGUGAGAGAAAAGGAUGAAGUCAGUGGUGAUCUCAAAAAACAUGUCUCAAAGCUUGAAAGUGUCAAUCGCACUGUGCAGAGCGAGAAGACAAAGCGUAUGAGGUUGCUUCAACAAAAAGAAGCGGAGCGCAAAAAGCGCAAGAAUGAUAUUUUGCGCUGGCAAGAGAAGAUCAAUCGCAUGACUUCUGAUGCCGCACAGGCAAAGGAAGACAAGGCUCGCUUGGAGGAAGAGGGCAAGAAACGAGCUGACGAAGUUCGUGAGAAAAUUGCGAGGGAGCAAGCGGAGAUGAAAACUAUCGAUGAUGAGAUUCAAGACAAGGGAGGACGAAUCAAGAAGCUUGAGGAUGAGAGAAAGGGGCUUCAAGAUGGAGAGAGUGAGGACGGCAAGGAGCUGGAUCGGAUCGAUAAUGAGCGUGCUCGUCAAUGGGAGCUCAAGUUAAACCAGUUGCACGGUCGAUAUGCCACUCUCGUUAACCUUCACGCUCAGGCGCAGCAGCAAUAUCAAGAAGCUCAGGAGCGGCUGAAAUGGCUUACCAACCAGCGACCUGGAAGCUCGGGUCUUUUUUCAUUGCCUGCCUUGGAUCUGGACUUGUCGAACAAUGCUACGAUCCGGCCUCGUCGUCACCGCAGCUCUUUGGCCAGCAAUGUCUCCUCGCCUGUCAACUUCCCUGGAAUUGAAACAACAUUCCCUACGAGCCUCAAUUACAAUCCCCCUUCGACCAAUUCGCCUACCUUCCCUCCAAGCUCUUCCUUCUUCAAUAUCAGUAACGGAAUGACCCUCCCUGGCCUAUCUGAUCCUCCUGAGAUAAUGCGAUCCGACAUGGAAAGCGCAUUCAAUAACCCACAAAUGAGCCCUCGUGCAGAUGCUUUGCUUCCAUCGGAUCUUCUAGGUGAUGAAGAAUCACCUGAAUUCCCUCGACCGCUGACGCGUCCACGAUUUGCCACUAUGGAUACACCUAGCAAUCCCUUGGAUAGUUUUGUCGUUGGACCGGCAUCUCCUGUUUCCUCUGGAAGUAGGCCUGGAAGUAUCUUUGCCAGUCCACUCGAAUCGCACACGCGACAGGGCUCCGAUUCGCAGCCGGUGGGAUUGUCUGAGGCUGGAGAAGCCUCGAAAAGUGCGUCUAGGAGGCUCUCUGGCCUUUUUGGAUUUCAUCGACCUCGUGGGAAGACGUUGGCCGAUGAGCCGCCUAUGCUGGGCAGCCUAAAGCCAGGACAAAGUCAAUCAUUCCCAAGGAACGUUGAUGAGAUUGACCCAAUAGGCUCGCGCCGUCGCCGAUUGAGCUAUACGGGCAAUUGGGCCAAUCCGAUGUCCUUAUUCCCACGAAGCAACACCGCAGGAGUGACCACUGAUAGCUCUUCAGACCAUGCCCCGUCCCGACGGGCUGCGUUCACCAGUAUAUUCUCAUCUAGUAAAUUCGGUUUUGGUAGCGCUGGCAAUCGUGGAGCCUCUGACCUGAGCACUGGGUACAACCAAUUCAGUCCCCGGCAUGAUCCCAUUGAUCCAUCAUCCCUGCUUGGAAAUGUUCGUCGUGGCUCUCUUUCUCCUCGUCCUUCAUCGACCUUCUCCUUUGACAAUCAAAACCAGCUUCCUCAUCCCUCUACGGACAACCGUCAUUUUGGGUGGCCAUCGGCAGAAAUAGCACACCGCAAUAGCCCCCUCGGUUUAGAUUGGGCUUCGCCUUCGACAUGGUCCAGAGCCCCAUCCCGUCGCCCUUCCAUUCAAUACGGGUCGUCUGGCCAUCUCCCCCUUGGACUUACAGGUGAGCCUGAUUUCGUGGAGGAUUCAUACGACCGCCAGCUUCGACCGCUCCAGGCACCGAUUGGCACUCGGCCGUCGUCAUCUCACAGGCCGAUCACUCCGAAGCUGAAUCCCGCCGCGCCUACGUUUCGCGCUAUCUUCACUGGCAAGAAAUCAGAGAAAGGAAAGGACAAGGACAAGGAUUCUGACGUUCCCUACGAUCUUCAUAUGUACGAUGGAUCUCCAUCCGAGCCUCGUACCUCCCGCGACUCGCGCUCAUUGUCCCAUUUCACUGGUGACUCCUAUGAAUCCCUAGAACGCAUGCCAUCUGGCACAUCGGUGGAAAAUGCGUCCAAAGAAUCUUUCAUCCGCAAGAUCACUCGGAAAGGCAGCUCCAGCAAAUUCAGUUCCUGGAAAGACCGUUCUGGUCUUUUCUCCAAGAAGGGCGACUCCUCGCAAGGUGACAUUGAUGAGGAUGCCGCUAGUGAAGCUCAGCUGGGGAAGAGUGUGGACAGCACCGUCUCCAGUGCGCCAUCUGGUGAUCGCUCCACCCGGAGUAGCCUAGGGUUUUUCUCUCGCAAGUCGCGGAAGUCCGACAAGGCGAGCGAGACGAGUGAGCGGGCUAGUGAAACUGGCGAUGAGGAAAUUUCUAUUCCCGAGAUCGCUGAACCCUGA